AUGAAAGGUGACCCACUACAGGCAUGGGUCGACUUCCUCGUAAAGUACGGCGGCCACUACGUUCUCGUCGGACUCCCGUCCCUCCUUGCAAUCUUUGCUUUUCGGAGUCGAAACCGAUACCUGACCAAGACUCGUGGUAAACCCCCACACCGAUACGGACGAACAGGGCUCAUCUAUUGGCCCAGCCAGCUGUUCCUCAUUGUGGCCUGGUGUGCUAUCCUGGCGCUGUCGUAUUCCUUGGGCACGGGGCCUUAUAUCGCCACUGCGGAUGGGUUGUUGAUGAGUACACCCUUGGUGCUUAUUGCCUUGUGGUACGCGUUGAUUUUAAACAGGAAUGAGCACAAAUACGAGAUUCGAUCCUCAGAUACCCUCUUCGUCUACUACAUCGUCACCCUCUUCGGCUCAGGACUCGCGCUCUUCAUCCUCUUCAGCGAACAUGACUGGAGCCCAAUUCGCCAGAUGGACCCACCUCCUAUCUUCGAGUACAAGAUGGACCCCUUUCGAUACCUCCUGGUCUUCAUAGGAGCCAUUGGACUCGCCUUCUUCUUUGAGGCACUCCCUCGGGGUCGGACACGAGUGCAGCGUGAGAGCAAGGCGCAGGAAGGCCUCACGGCAUACGACCAGGCUAAUUGGUACUCCCGACUCACCUUCCAUUUUUUGCAACCCAUGAUGAGCCUGGGCGCCAAGAGAACUAUCACGGUCGAGGAUCUGGACGAGAAGACGCCUGAGGGAAAGAAGGCUAGCGUCAACUACGAGCGCAUCUCGCGUAUUUGGGACAAGAAGGCAGCGCGGUACUACAAGCAGGUCAGCAAGAGGAAGGCCAAGGGCUCAAAGCGGAUGCCAGCCCAACCAUCGCUACUUCUAACUGUCUUGAGCGUCAACACGUGGAGGAUUACCAAAAUGAUGGUUGUUCGGAUGCUAAGCUUUGCCCUCCUCUUCGUGGCACCGUUCCUGUUCUCGUACCUACUCAAGUUUUUCACGGACUAUGACGAUGCGAUCAAAAGAGGGAAGAAGCCCCCGGCUACGGCGAAUGGACUCUUGAUUGCGGUCGGGAUCUUCGUGGGGACAAUGGCGAGCGCAAUCAUGUUGACUUCGUCAUCAAACGAGUGCAGCGAUAUGGCUAUCGAGGCGCGCAGUGGACUCAUCGCCAUGAUUUACCGCAAAUCCUUAAGGCUCUCACCAACCGCCAGGAGCAAAUCAACCCUCGGCGAAAUCAGCAACUACAUGGCGGUUGACACUGAGAGCUGGAUGGCGGCGGGAAAUCUGCUUCCUUUGAUCUUUACACUUCCAGUCGAGAUCGGUCUUGGAAUCUGGCUACUGUACCGUUUGUUGGGAUGGUCACUCUUGGCUGGACUUGCUGUGUUUGCGAUUGUCAGUCCCAUCCAGGCUCUAUUUGCAUCGUUUCUCCACUCGUACCAGAAGAACAAACUCAGGGCUAUGGACAACCGUCUUCGUCUCAUGACUGAGAUCCUUGCCAACAUCAAAAUUGUCAAGCUCUACUCUUGGGAGGACGCGUUUCGCAAGAAGAUUGACGUUUUGCGGGACCGGGAAUUGGACGCACAGCGGGCUUUGUCCCGGGUGCGAGCUUUUCUAGUCAUGGUCUUUUCUUCCGUCAACCUUUUGAUGAUCCUGGCCACAUUUGCAGUAUACUCGAACUUUGGAGGACCCGACUUCACACCAGCCGAGAUGACACCUCAGAUCGUCUUUGUCGGAAUCGCACUAUUCAGCAUGAUGAGUCGACCCCUCGGCAUUAUCCCUCUCGCAAUCUCUCACGUCAUUCUACUGAGGACAUCCAACCGCAGGAUUGCCUCGUUUUUGUUGCUGGAGGAGAUUGACCCGACUGUGGUGGAGCGACACGGUCGCCAGACUGGCGUACAAAAGGAUGCAGAUAGAAACGGGAUCAGCAGUCAGCUCCCGGCGGUCGAAAUUGAUAACGGAUCUUUUGCAUGGGACAAGGACUCCAUUACAGCACCAGCUGCGCCUACUACUUCAUUAUCACCUGCAGAUGCUGAACGGCAGCCAUUGCUCGGCGACCGAACCUCGUCACCUUCAGGAUCAGCAUCGCGCCCAACCUUGACCAACAUUCAACUGUCGAUUCUCGAGGGUAACUUGACGGCGAUUGUAGGCCGAAUCGGCCAGGGCAAGUCUUCGCUAUUGAGCGCCGUCUUGGGCGAGAUGUACAAGCUUGAAGGAACCGUCAGAACAUAUGGAAACAUCGCUUACGUCCCUCAGCAGGCUUGGAUUAUCAAUGCGACUGUGCGGGAGAAUAUUCUUCUUGGAAAACCCUUUGAGCAGGAGAAGUACGAUCGGAUUAUUUACGCGUCGGGACUGAAGCCUGAUAUCGAUAUGCUUCCCGCGGAGGAUCUGACUGAGAUCGGAGAGCGAGGCAUCAACUUGUCCGGUGGUCAAAAACAACGUGUCUCCCUUGCCCGUGCCGCCUACCAGGAUGCCGACAUCUACCUCUUGGACGACCCUCUCAGCGCCGUUGAUGCCCAUGUUGACCAGCACCUGUGGCACAACCUCAUCGGACCCAACGGACUGCUGAAGGACAAGACCCGGAUUCUGAUCACACACGGCAUUCAUCACUUGAGCGAGGUCGACCAAAUUGUUGUCAUGAAAGACGGUACGAUAUCGGAAACUGGAGAGUAUGAACAGCUCAUGAAGGCCCAAGAUGCCUUCUACCAGCUCAUCUACGACUUUUCUGUCAAACGACAGCACGACAGCAGCCAUUCCAAGGACGACGACACCGCUACACAAGUUGGUCCAGAGACCACGAAAACAGUUGGACGCGAGAAUAGCAAGGCUGAGUCGACUACGACGAGUACUUCGGCUGGCAAGGCCAUUGACAAAACUAGCACUGGUGGACUUGUAAGCAAGGAGAAUGUUGAAGAGGGCAAGGUCGGCUGGCGCGUGUACUGGGACUAUGCCCGAGCUGUCUCCUUUCACAGGGCGUUUAUUUGCUUGUUCCUGUAUGGUGUUGCCCAAGUGUGUCAGAUCUCGACCAACUUUUGGCUGCGGUACUGGAUCACGGCGGAUGAGCGGGAAGGUGAGGAGGAUCGGCCAUCUUAUUUCUAUCUUGCUGGGUAUGCGUCCUUGGUACUUUUGUUCCUGGUUGUCGAUGUCACGGUGAACUACAUGGCGAACGUUGUUUGUGGAAUUCGAAGCGCCAGAAUCCUAUACAAUGGGCUGCUCGCGCGCGUUUUGCGCUACCCCAUGAGCACCUUUGACACCACUCCUAUGGGACGAAUUAUCAACAGGUUCUCAUCGGAUGUUGCGGCGAUCGACAGCAAUCUCCCAGAGCAGCUUCCAGGACUCCUAGGAUUUACGUCAUCGGUUGUCGGGAUCAUCUGCGUGAUUGGCUACUCGACGCCAAUCUUUUUGUACACAGUUCCUCCUCUGCUCUUGGUCUUCUUGGUGAUCCAGAAUUACUACAUCAAGACGUCUGGCGCGAUCAAACGAAUCAUUUCGGUCGCAAAGUCGCCGCUUUAUCAGCACUUUGGCGAAUCCCUUGCCGGUGUGUCGACCAUUCGAUCCUUGGAUGGCCUGCAGAGUCAGUUUAUUGUAGAGAAUGAGAGCCGGACGGACGCUAUUGCACGCAAGACCGACACGUUUAUGCUGACCAACCGUUGGCUGACGGUCCGGAUCCAGGCCAUUUCAGCCACAGUCAUUCUUUCGGCGGCGGUGCUUGCAGUGCUGAACGUGGAGCAGUUGGAUCCAAGUCUGGUCGGGUUGGCGAUGACCUAUGCGCUGAGUCUGACCAACGUGGUCGUUAUUCUGGUCCGCACUGCAAGCGAUGUCCAAAACCAGUUUGUCAGUGUCGAGCGGAUCCAGGAGUACUCUAAGAAGCCCGUAGAGGCGCCCUUGGAAAUUGCUCACAGCGAGCUUCCGGAGAACUGGCCUGAGCAUGGUAAAAUCACGUUCAACAAGUACUCGGCGCGGUACCGAGAGGGACUGGAUCUUUCUCUGAAGGAUGUCACGUUUACGGUCGAGCCUCAGGAGAAGGUCGGCAUUGUUGGAAGGACCGGAGCGGGCAAGUCGUCGUUGACAUUGGCACUUUUCAGGAUCAUUGAGGCUGCGGACAGCUUCUGGGCACUGGCGAGUGAUCCCUCGAGACCUGAGCUGCCGAUGGGCGACUGUUUGGAUAACUUUGGAUGCGCUGCAGGCGGGUCGAUUGAGAUUGAUGGAGUCGAUAUUGCCAGCCUUGGAUUGAGACAACUUCGACAGCAUCUUUCGAUCAUCCCACAGGACCCGACUCUUUUCGCAGGAACUGUUCGUGAAAACCUGGAUCCAUUCUUUGAGCUUGAGGACAGUUCUUUGUGGGAAGCGCUGGAGCGGGCACAUUUGAAGGAUUAUAUCGCGUCGUUGCCGGGUGGGUUGUCGUUUGAGGUGUCAGCCAACGGUGACAACUUUUCGAUGGGCCAGCGGUCAUUGGUCUGUCUUGCACGAGCUUUGCUUCGCAAGUCAAAAGUCCUGGUCUUGGACGAGGCAACUGCUGCGGUCGAUAUUGAGACGGACGAGUUGAUCCAGAAGACUAUUCGGGCCGAAUUCAAGGACAGGACGAUUCUGACGAUUGCGCACCGGAUCAAGACGAUUAUGGAUUCUGAUAAGGUCUUGGUGUUGGAGAAUGGACGGGUUCAGGAGUUUGAGGAGCCAAAGUCGUUGUUGACGAGGAGGGAGUCGUUGUUUUAUCGACUUGCUGAGCAAGCUGGUGAACUUGAUGUUCGUCGCCUUUAG